GGGAGAGGCAGUUGGCUGAGGGAAAUAAUCGGGGCAGAGGAUGGGAAGAAAAUUGAAGGAAGGUUAGACGGGGCGGGGGAGCUAACUCGUGAAUGGGAUAAUGAGGGGAUAGAAAAUGGAGAUACGUGCUGAGGAAGGAGGGAGAGAAUGUGAGCAGAGCAACUGGGGGGAGGGGAGAUGGAGGGAGCGUCUCGGGAACCGGAGAGCGCUGCGCAAAGAGAAAAUGGAACGAGGUCAGAGGGUAAAAGAAGAAACUGGGGUGCGGAGGGAAGAAGAAAAAGAGGACCUCGAUGGACUGAGCUGCUCGGAUUUAAGGUGAUUCGAGUCAUCAAAGGGGCUGCUUUUUAUCUUUUCGUUCCGGUGUGAGCUGAUCUUGUUCUUCUGCUCCUGUAAUUGCCGGGUAGGCAGAAAGCCAGAGAAGAGAUGAAAGAGAGAGGAGGCAGGAAGAACAGAAGGAACAAAAGGGGACGGUGAAAAGGACCGGAAUAGGAAAAAGAAAAUGGAGAGGCAGCAGCAGAGAGAAAGCAAAGAGACACGAUGAAAUUGUAGUGUACAAACUGUAGUGGGGACGGGACUAAACAAGGAGAGGAGAGAACUGGCUGAAGAAAAAAUUGAUCAAAUGCAGCAGGAGAUAAUUAUUUAGAGACUUGGAGCUUUCUUUUUACCAAUCCCCUCAUUUUUGUGAAGUUUCCUCUUCUGAAGUCUGGUACCUCUUCCGUUUCUAAAUCCAGCUUGGGCAUCUGGCAUUUCUCACUCCAUAUAUGUUAUUCCUCCAAGUAGACAGUCUCAGGCUGGGAGUCACAAGGCAAGAAAUUCUUUAACUCUCGCAUCUCUGGCUCAAUCCGGUUCCAUCUAUAUAUACCUGCAUGGAGGCACUUUCAGCUGCUGGCUGACUGCCGCUGGAGGCGGUUGACUGAAAUAGCGACGUGCUGACUCCCAAAGGUGGCAGAGCAUUUACGGAAGGCACAGAAAUAAACAGAGAGGAUGUCUGUAAUCGGCACCUUGCCCUUUCUCAAACCCACUCACCUCAGACCUCCGCAGAGCUUCCCGCGGCACCAACGCCGACACACCCUUCCUGCCAGCGAGUUCCGGUGCCUCACCCCUGAGGAUGCCAUUAGCGUGUUUGAAAUUGAGAGAGAAGCAUUCAUUUCAGUGUCAGGAGACUGCCCCCUCCACCUGGAUGAGAUCUGCCACUUUCUGAACCUGUGUCCUGAGUUGUCGCUUGGCUGGUUUGAAGAAGGCCGACUAGUUGCUUUUGUUAUUGGCUCUCUCUGGGAUCAGGAAAGACUCAGCCAGGAUGCUCUGACCCUGCACAAGCCCCAUGGCACCACAGUCCACAUCCAUGUUCUGGCAGUGCAUCGCACCUUUCGCCAGCAAGGCAAAGGCUCCAUCUUGAUGUGGCGCUACUUACAGUACCUGUGCUGCCUCCCGUAUGUGCGCCGGGCUACCUUGAUGUGCGAGGAUUUCCUUAUCCCUUUUUACUCCAAGUGUGGCUUCAAGGUGUUAGGCCCCUGUGAGAUCACUGUGGGCUCACUGAAUUUCAUUGAGAUGAACUAUGCUGUUCAUGGCCAUGCCUUCAUGCGCAGAAACAGUGGCUGCUGAGGUUGUGCCUCCCUUUCCCAUCCAUUUCUGGCUGGCGAUCAUAGUGGCUGACAAGACCAAUUUUCCAGCGAUUCCCAAAUCUUCAGAUGGGACCCACCAAUGGGUUAGGGGGUUCCUGUAGGUGGGUCACCAAGUUCUGUUCAUUGGGAUACGGGCCUUCCACAUCAGUGGUGGGUUAGCCAAACAGAUCUUUUUCAAAAAGUAACUGAUGGAUCCUUUUUAAAGAGGUUUGGGAACGACUGCAAUAUGUAGACUGACAGAUCAUUGUAGUUUAUGGCAGCAUUGUGUGCAUUGUAAUUUAUGGCAGCAACAUAACUGAAUUUAAAAAAGUAUUACACAUUCAGUUAUGAUCAGAUGUAGGUGUGGGCAUUUUCUCAUUCUAGCUCAUCUACAGCUGCAGUGGAAGUAAAAACUGAGAAGAAUUUUUUUGAUCCAAAAAUGAUAUACUUAGCUUGCUUCUAAGUCCAUCUCAUGCUCAGAGCAGGUGCCUGUUUCUUAAUAGCUCUGGGGUUGGGGAAUGGUUUCAUAAUAAAUAAGUGUAAUGUAUCUGCUUCAAGUGUUACGAAUCACAAAAUAGCUGGAUUUAAAUGUACAUUAUCUUGGUGAGCCAAGGCAUGAAGGCUAGCCCUGCAUGCAAGUAAAUAUUUAUAGCUCCUUCCACUAAGCAAGAGAAAACAUUUAUUUUCCCUCCCCCCAUGCCAUUUUCCUCUUGCCAUACACUUUGUAAAG